CGUAAAACCCGGAUCGGACACCGGCUGCAAGUACACCGUGACGACCCAUUGCCUACCAGAAGCAUCGACGAUAACCACCUAUACAAUUCCCACACCAAGGUCACCGACGGUAGCGACGGUAGACCCAGCAACAUCGACACCAUUACCACCGACACCGAUUACUACCGCCGCUCCUGCUGUUGCAUCGACUCCGGAAGGAGUGCAACAAAACACCGAUCUUGACGCCGUUUCCGCUUCAUUAGACGAACUCAUUCCUGUGGAGGACAAUAACAGGCCCGUGGACACUGCAAUCGUUGAGCGACGUAGAAGCUCCUUUUUCGGCAGUAUUCGUGCAGCUGUUCGUGGUACCAACAGGCAUCCAUCCAAACCCAACGAACGCCACAACGGUGAGGAGGAUAGGGACGAACUGCAAUCACUGCGUGCACCAACCAACCAACACUCCAUCGUGGAUCUAGGACGGGAAGAGUACACGCCCGAACCGACGACAACGACGGCCGCCAAUAUUGCUUCCACCGACGCCACCGCCGCCGCCGCCUCCAUUACCACCACGGCGAACAGCUACUCACGGAAUAAAUCGACCACCCGCAGCUGGCCGGUAAUACACCGUAACAAUUCCUACUACCGCUAUCAAACAUCGAGCGGUAGCGGCGGUGCUGGUGGUGGAGCUGGUGGUGGCCAUCAAUCGACGGUCAAUCGGCGACAGCAGCACGGCUAUCUGCAGUAUGACUACGAUGCACCGUUGCUACAACAGCACGGUGUAAAUUACUGCCCACCCAAUGAUACGAACAACAACACCCUGCUCGGUUACGGUACUGCGAACGCGUCGGGCAACGACUACCAUCUGCUAGCGAGCGGCCAUCACUAUCCAUCCGGAGCGCUACCGGACAAGUCUCCCAGUAUCGAUAGUUGCUACUAUUAUCAGCAUUACACCAACACCAUGCAACCUUCGGCAACGACUACCAUCCUGGCAACGACCACCAGCAGUACCGGACCGGGAGGGGUUGCAACUACGACCACCACCACCGCAUCCGGAGCCACCGGGCAUCAGCAGACUCCGUCGGGCAAUGGGACGUGUUGCUCGAUACCGCCACCGAUUAUGUUCCUCUUCCUGACGCUGCUCAUGACGUCCAGUGCAACCGCCAUGCUUUGUGCCGCCAUCAUGACCGAUCACUGGGAGCAUGUGUCGUGGGAUCGUACCAGCCUCGAUCGGAUCAGUAACGAAACCGCUAUCGAACUGCACUGGUACUUGGACGGUCGGGCAGCAAAGAUCCCCCUCAAAGGCAAAGGUCUACCGACGCUACAUCAUCAGCAUCAUCAUCACCAGAAAGGAGGUCCAGCUACACCGGUGGUCACCGACAAUCGGGCGGGUGUUUUUCUGGUACCGAUGAACGGUGGCAUCUGGACGCUCUGUAUCGAUCUGACGGCCGAUGAAAUCCGCACCAUGUCGAACGAUGGCUUUCCGCAGGUGGAACAGUGCGUCAACUAUCUCGCCGGUACGAUGGAAAGUGCACAGGGCAACGACGAGGAUGCAAGGGCCGAUUGGCAACACAGUGAGUCCCAGGCGUCCUUACAUCCGCAUUUAAGGAUGCAGAAUCUAUCGAUUUCAUGUUCGCUCGUGUGUCUGAUCAUACUCGGCAGUGCAGCACUGGUGGGCGCCUUUGGUGUUUGCCAGCGCCAAAUCAGUGCCGUUUUGGUGACAGGCGUAAUGUACCUGCUGGCUGCGCUCUUCGCCUUGUUCACGCUAAUGAUCAUCCACUUCAAGCGUCAACAGGGACGACCACUGCUCGAUAGCGACUUUGACGGUACCAUCGAUGGUGUGGUGGCCAUCAAGGGUACGGCUAGGGCCGCAUCGAAAUUCCUUGGCGCCCGGAUAUUCGUCACCGCCUGGAGCCUGGACCUUGGGUGGGGUGGUGUGGUACUGUGCGCCUUCACAUCCUUCCUGUGGAUUCUGCUGUCGAAAAUCAUGCGCUUCAAUCCACUGUCGGCAAUGAUUUGAUGAUUCAAAUUCAAGUUCAACAAAGUCGCCGUUUACAAUGUAACCUAGCUUCUUCGGCGGUCGACC